AUGUCAAAGCACAUUCAGUCAGACCUGCAGACUUGCAGCGACAAAGGCGUGCACGAAGCGUCUGUUGCAUAUAUCGAGGUCAAUGCCGCGCUCGAUGCGAGUGCUGCCGCGAAGGCAGAGAAAGCAAUGACUCUUUGGCAAGGACUCAAGCUCUACCCGAAAGCCGUGGCGUGGUCAGCAGCCAUCUCCAUGUGUUUGAUAAUGGAAGGAUUCGAUCUGGUACUCAUCAGCGGUCUGUACGGACAGCCGGCAUUUGCCAGACGCUUUGGUGAACUUCAAAUGGACGGGUCCUACCAAUUGUCUGCGCCAUGGCAAGCUGGAUUAAACAACAGUGCUCUUUGUGGGGAGAUACUCGGCUUGAUGUUUGUUGGGCUCAUCGCGGAUCGGAUUGGGUAUAGGAAGACGCUUGUACUGGCACUCGUUCUACUUACCGGCUUCAUUUUCAUCCUGUUCUUUGCGCAGAAUCUUCCUAUGCUAGCUGCGGGCGAGGUGCUCUGUGGUAUAGCAUGGGGAGCAUUCCAAACGCUUACUACUUCUUACGCCGUUGAGGUCUGUCCCAUUGUUUUGCGUGCUUACUUGACAACCUACGUGAAUCUUUGCUGGGUAAUGGGACAAUUCAUCGCUAGUGGUGUUCUUAAAAGUAUGGCAGACAAGUGGGGUAGCUUGGCAUACAGGUUGCCAUUUGCUCUUCAGUGGGUCUGGCCUGCACCAUUGAUACUUAUCAUGGCUCUGGCUCCCGAAUCUCCCUGGUGGCUGGUUCGAAAGAGCAGAGAGGCGGAAGCUAAACGCAGUCUGCUCCGCCUAACGACAAGAUCAGAUCCGAACUUCGACGUCAAUCAGACAGUCAGCAUGAUGGUGUAUACUACAGCGAUUGAACGGGAGAAAGAAGCUGCUUCCAGUUACAGCGCAUGUUUUCGAGGCACGAACUUGCGCCGUACAGAAAUCUGUUGUAUGGUGUGGGCGAUCCAAAUCCUAUGUGGCGGGUACAUGAUGGGAUUCUCGACAUACUUCUAUGAACAGGCCGGGCUGGAUCCUUCGAAUGCCUUCUCCAUGACUCUGAUUCAAACUGCCAUGGGAUUCGUUGGAACUAUUCUCUCUUGGUUUCUGAUCAAUUGGUUUGGCCGUCGCACACUCUACGUCUGGGGUCAAGUGGGCAUGAUAGUCUGCUUGAUGCUAGGGGCUCUCUUGGGACUCGCUUCGAAGAAUCACCCUAGCCUCAAUUGGGGAGUUGGAUCCACACUCAUGAUCUAUACCUUGGUGUACGAUGCCUCGAUCGGGCCAGUGUGCUAUUCUCUCGUCGCGGAAUUGUCUUCAACUCUGCUUCGCAAUAAGACAAUAGUGCUUGCGAGAAAUGUAUACAACGUCUCGGGAAUCGUUGCGAAUGUCCUUAUAACCCGACAGCUAAAUCCUUCGGCCUGGAACUGGGGAACAAGCACAGGCUUCUUUUGGUCAGGGUCAUGUCUGUUGUGUCUGAUCUGGACGUAUUUUCGACUUCCAGAGCCCAAAGGACGAUCAUUUGCCGAGCUGGACAUUUUGUUUGAGAACAAUGUACCCGCCAGGAAAUUCGCAACUACUACCGUGGAUACUUUUGACACAAGCGCAUGGCGCGGUUCCUAUCAUAAAGCUGAUAAACCCAAGCAAUCAACGGUCCAUUUCGAGCGACAGGUUGAAUGUAUGUAA